CGGGGAGCGGCGCCGUUGGUCGCGUGGCCCGCGGGCCGAGGGCGCGCUAGGCCCCGGGGAGGAGGCGGGGGCGCGGGGCAUCGCCCGCCUCCCCGGGACCCGCCCCGGUGACAGGUCCGGCCUCUGAGUCCCCUCCGCGCUUCUGUCCGCAGGCAGCCGCGAGGGGACUAAGGCGCCCGCGCGCCCGCUCGCGCCGCGCCUCGGGCCGCCUGGGCCGCCGCCGCCGCCGCGUCCAUGACCGCGACCCCCGGGCCGGGGUCCGCCGCCGCCGCCGGCCCUCGGCCCUGUCGCCGCUCGCCGCCCGAGCCCACUGAGGACAGGACGGACGCCAGCGUGAGGAUGGCCGUGACCGUGGAGGAGGCGCCGUGGCUGGGCUGGAUGGUGGCGAAAGCCCUGAUGAGGUUCGCCUUCAUGGUCGCCAACAACCUGGUUGCCAUCCCGUCCUACAUCUGCUACGUGAUCGCCCUGCAGCCGCUGCGGGUGCUGGACAGCAAGAGCUUCUGGUACAUCGAAGGACUCAUGUACAAAUGGCUUUUGGGAAUGGUGGCUUCCUGGGGCUGGUACGCCGGAUACACGGUGAUGGAAUGGGGGGAAGAUAUUAAAGCAAUCACUAAAGAUGAAGCACUGAUGUUGGUGAACCACCAAGCAACUGGAGAUGUGUGUACAUUGAUGAUGUGCCUACAGGACAAAGGACCGGUUGUUGCUCAGAUGAUGUGGCUGAUGGAUCAUAUUUUCAAGUACACAAACUUUGGAAUUGUUUCUCUGAUUCAUGGAGACUUCUUUAUAAGACAGGGAAGAGCCUAUCGUGACCAACAGCUGCUGGUUCUCAAGAAGCACCUAGAACAUAAUUACAGGAGCAGAGAUCGAAAAUGGAUUGUUUUAUUUCCUGAAGGGGGCUUCCUCAGGAAGAGGAGAGAAACAAGCCAGGCAUUUGCCAAGAAAAAUAACUUGCCAUUUCUUACACACGUCACUUUGCCAAGGUUUGGGGCAACCAACAUUAUCCUGAAUGCACUUGUAGCCCGGCAGGAAAAUGGAAGCCCAGCUGGAGGAGACGCUCGAGGCUUAGAAUGCAAAUCAAGAGGCCUCCAGUGGAUAAUAGAUGCAACCAUAGCGUAUCCCAAAGCUGAACCAAUAGAUAUUCAGACCUGGAUCCUUGGAUACAGGAAACCGACAGUCACUCAUGUUCAUUACAGGAUUUUCCCAAUCGGAGACGUGCCCUUGGAGACAGAGGACCUCACCAGCUGGCUCUACCAGCGUUUUAUUGAAAAGGAGGACCUCCUGUCCCAUUUUUAUAAGACAGGAGCCUUUCCUCCUACCCAGGGCCAGAAGGAAGCUGUUUCCAGGGAGAUGAACCUCAGCAACAUGUGGAUAUUCCUCAUUCAGUCCUUUGCAUUUUUGUCAGGCUACCUGUGGUACAGCAUCAUUCAGUAUUUUUACAGUUGUCUGUUUUAGGAACUGACUUGGACUUGCUACAUAGGAGUUCAGACUUCAUACAUGUGCAUUAUUUUACAUGUACAAAUCAAAAUAUAAAAAUCAAAAUAUAUAAAAGGCAAAGGAAAUUCAAUGGAUGGAUUGAUGUCUAUCCCCCUUUGGGAUAUUUUAAAACUCUACUGCAAUGAGGAUUAGUAAUACAAUGAUGUGCUAAUAUAUUUUAAGAACUUUUCAUGUUUUAAAGAGAUACACUUUACCAUACAUUUAAUGCAGGCAUCACAUUGGGAGAAGAGGAAAUCAUAAAAUCAUCCUAGAAGACUCGGAAAGAAACUGUCGCCACUGGAUGCACUUGGUCAUGCCCCUGUGACUAGCUUGUGAGCUUUAGUUAAGGUUCAGAAGCUAUGCGCCUCUUUCCUAGGGCAGAGCUCUACAACAUUACUGUGUCCAUUCUUCAUGCUGAGGUACUGGUAGCCUGGAGAGCCGGUGGGCACGUUCCUAAGGAGUGGCCUCCUUAUCUAGUAACCCUGGCUAAGGUGAAGCAUUGUCGGUCUCUGUGGGGAGCGGUGUCCACUGUAUACCUGACAUCCCGUGAAAGGCUAGCUCAGCCAGCCCAGCACCAUGUUUACAUGUGCUAGUGCUUUCCCUUCUGUCAGGAGAGGGGGGCACCCACUUUCUCUUUUUGUAUAGAGGCAUAUCAUAGAGUGAUAAUUGUAUUUUACCAAAUGCACUUUUAUCAGAUGCAAAUGUAGAAAGGAUAAUAGCAUAGCCUGAAACAAAGGGAAGCCUCAUCCGUGAGCAGGCUCCCAGGAGGCUUUCCUGUCUGCGUGCUUGCCCGUGAUGCACUCUAGCACCACCUUCAUUGGUCACCUUCCUGACCCCAUUUCCCAAUUGGUAGCUGGAUCUCCUCCCCCCAAUUUUGACAUUGCAGCACCACUAGGGGCGGUUUAAGCAAAUUAAUGUAAAACAUUCACAUGACCAGUUUCAGGGAAAUAGGAAAUAAGAGGUAGAACCAGACCUUGGCUUGCAAUAUUGACAAGGCUCCUGUGUCCCCAAGAAUCUGUGCAGACAUCAGUGUGUUCUGUUACUGUGUCAAGCAGCUGCUCCUCUCAGGGUGGCAGGACCAGGAGGCAGCAGCUCAGAAACACUUCGCAUUCUCUCCAGUUGUUUUCAAAGAGGGCAAAGUCAAGCAGAUUUCUGUUCAUUCUAGAAAACUUUUAUAAAACUUGUCAUUCUGUUCUGUGAUUUACCUCAUAGGAGAACCAAUGCUGGCAAAAAGUGCAGGCACUGCAUCAGUGUUGAGACGGGUUUGGCUGGGGGUGGUAAACUCCUGAGCUUGAAGAAUAGUAAGUCAGCAGUAGUUUUCUGUGGUAUGAACAUUGUAGAGCCCCUAUUGUUACUAGCAACAACUAACAGUUCUGAGAAAUAGGCUGUAAAACAACAACAACAAAAAAAAGACUAAUGUUUUCUGCUUUCAAAUAAACCAAAACAAGAAAGGAAAAGACAUGAAUUCUCCCCAGCUGUGCAGGAAGGUUGACCAACACCAAAUAAAAGCCCAUAGCAGCUUCACCUGUAGCAAACUAGAGCGUGUAGGAGAGAAUGACACGCUACAAGAUACCUCAGUGCCACCACAGCACUGCUGCCAGGCUGCAGAAGACAUUUGGUUUGUUCUCAGUUGUUAGAAAACAUAACUGUUUUGAAACCUAAGCAUUUUACUCUGGUUUACACUGACCGUGAAUCGGCGAAACCAGUCUCAAUGUAGAAAUGAGAGAAGCUGUUCAGGGCCUCUUUUUGAGGCCCAGGAAAGACUAUUACAUUUAAGGAAGAAUUGGAUUGAGACAUUAGUUGGUGGUCUGGGGGAGAAGUUGCUCACUCUCAAGUACAGAUAGCGUGCAGUCCGAGCCAGCAGGCCAUUUUCUCACUGCCCAGCAAGCCACAGACGACACUGGGCAGUCCUGUACAGAAAUGUGACUCUGGCCCACUUUACCACUGCUGUGCUCCAAAGGAACGUGACCUUUAAGUAUACUAUACAUGUUAAGUUCACUCUCCUAAGAUGUGUUUCUUCAACUGCAGUUCCAUUUCCACAGUCUCUAGAGUGACAAUGACUAUAGAUUUGUGAGCCAACUUUUAGUAAUAGAGAUGAGCUGUAAAUAGAUGUGUGUUUGAUCUGUCCUACACCUCUUCAGUUCUUUCAACACGUCUUGUGUGUGAAAAACAUGUUUGGGAGAUUUGAUAGUGCUUCCUUGUCAGUCACUGGAGCCCACCUGCUUGUACUGGGAAAUGUGAAGAGAAAAUAGGUGCUCUUUAUGGCGAUCUGGGGAAUCCACAGUAUGCCACUCUAUAGAGCUCAGUACAACUCCGUUUGUAUUUGGUGUGUAAAGUGGAUGAGAGGUUAAUGUGUUGAGUCGGGGAGGUCAGCAAAGCCAUGUCAGUUUAUCCUGGUGUCCUUGGCAUUUGCCCUCAGCUAGAUUGCCUAGUUUCCCACCACAGGCUGGGUGACUCACUGCUAGAGUCUUUGGCACAAGUGGGACCAUGCAGCAGCUCACCUCACCCUUGGUCUCAGAAGUGGCUGAUGAUAGGACAGAGACACCUGUAAGCAGAGGAGUGAAACUUGAUGGAUAAACAAGUUAGGUGAGAAUUUUAUAGGAAGUUUGAAAAUAUAGGUGUGGGUUCAGAUCUGUCAUGAUGUUAGUUUUGAUAUUACAACUCCUAAUCUCCUACAGCAAAAAGAAACCUAGGGAAUGCUAACAAACUAGUCAAUUACAGGGUAGUUAAUCCAGUGUUAAGUCAUAGGAAGCCAAAAGUUAAAUUUUUUGUAGGAAUUUCUGAUUUUUACUCUCAUCAAACUAUUUUUUUUUCCUUCUAGGGAUGCUUACUACUUUAAAAGUUGAGUUUAGUUUUUUCCACUGACUGAUUUUUGUCUGUAUUUAUGACUGUAUUAAUGAGUAGUGAAAUAACAGGAAGGCAAGACAACCAGUAGGAAGAGAAAGCACCGAAGCUGGCAUAGCCUGUGGGCUGGAAAAGGCAGUCUUAAGUCACCGCUGUGGCCCUCGGCUGUAAUGCUGCUGUCUGGAUCAGCACUGAGAGGCCAUGUGGCUCCUCCUCGUUCAUUUGUCUUAGUGAUGUGUCUUGACAAUCGGUACCUAAAGACUCGACCAACUAGUUAUUCCUGGGUAUAAGCUCAGAAAAUAGUCUUUGAUCAUAGUCUUUUGUUUAUGUUUAAAAACAAAUAUUUUGUUUGCACUACUGAAUAGGAAGGUUUAACUGAUCUUUUUUUGUGGUUUUUCAUCUUCUUCUCUGAAGUCACUACAUACUAGUGAACACAGGAUUUCUCCCAAAGUCAUCAUUACAAGAAGUGUAUUCAGCCAGGAUGGUGAUAAUGGUGUCUUGUAUGGGGUUUUGCCCUACAAGUGCUCUGAGCCUUCUGUCUAUCAGCAGGCCGGAGAGAGUUCUUGGCCACAGGUGUGCCAGUGCAUGUGACAAGGGGCACAGACUAAUGUGUUUGGGACCAAAGCCAUCUAAGUUGGAAAUGUGUGGAUCACAAGAGAGCCUGGCAUGCUGUGGAGCAGUCACUGGUGUGUGCUCUCUGGUGGUCACUUCGCAUCAGCCCUGGGUGACUGCAAGGUACUGAGAAUAUACUACAGGUUCCAAACUGUCGGGACAAUGUCAUAGUCACAUGAAAGACACAAUCUGGGGUUUCCUGCAGAAUCUCCACCUGAGGGGUUUUACAUUUAAUAUUUUUUUAAAACAGUGUAAAGAGCAAAAAAAAAAAAAAAGUAUGUGUAUUCUAGUUGCAAAGUAUGCAGACACUUUGAAUGACUUUAUUUUUAUUGUGUAAAACUGUUGACACAACUGUUGUGCACAAAUUCUUUACAUGUAAGGAGUCUAUGCAUUUUACAGUAACAUAUCUUAUGAUUGGGUAAUAAGACAGUUACACAUCCAACUGCCAUUAUUUUUAUUAAGUGCUUUCACUUUCUUUACAGUUAUUACAAAGUUAUAUUUAUUUUCUACAGAUUGGUGUUUGUUUUCAUGAUGCUGUAAUGUUUACUUCAGCUAGUUGAGCUUUCUUUGUGAUCUGCAUGUCACAGUGUGUGUUUUAAGAAUGACUCUAAAGGCCGUGGCAACUGUAACUCACUUUUGUAAAGGGCUGGUCAUAUGUGGAUCUGGUGUCUGGAUACAUCGGGGAAGAGCUUACCAGAUCAUCUUUUCAGAAAUUUAGAUGUUGUGAACACCAAACAAAGCAUUUUCUCAGCAAAAAUUAAUAGCUGGUUCUAUUUUUUUUUUUUAAUGUAGAGAAAAUAAAGUAAUUUUUUUUCAAAAAUAAUGCUUUUAAUUCUUAGUGGGGCGGGCGUCUGUGCUGUCUCAGCUCCCCAGCACUGAGUGCUGCUGCCUGUGCCUGGAGCUCAUGCUCAGUGGCCGGUGAGAAAACUACCAGGUUCCUUCUUGGACUUACAAGGUUUGCACCUUCUGGUCCUCUGAGUGGGUGUGCACUGGCGAAUGGUUAGCCGUCCUCUCUCUCGGAAAAAAUUAUGUACGUACACGUAUACACGUGUGCAAUAAAUUUUGUUGCUAACAGAUUCUUAGUGCAGUUAGCAAAUAAUAAAAUAUAAAUAGAAUAUAGUUGUCAUUGGUGAACCCUCAGAGCCAACUUGUGACAAUAUCAACCAUGAUUUGAUUGAUGGCAUUAUGUCCUGCUACACUAACCAUCUCCAGAUAAACUCCUUCAGUCUAAUCUAGUAUAUGACUUAUAUUAAAUUCUUACCCUUGUACAGAAUGUCUUUUUAGUUUUAGAAUUAAUUAGAAGUUUAGAUAAUUUAUUUUUAAUUAUAUUAAACCCUAAAUUUAGGGACUGAAGAGAUGCCUAACCGGCUAAGAGCACUGAAUACUCUUCCUGAGGAACUGAGUUCAAUUCUAAGCACCCACAUAGCAGCUCACAACUGUCUGUAAUUCUAAGAUCUGACACAAAUAUAUACAUGUAGGCAAAACACCAGUGUACAUAAAAAUGUUAUUAAAAAAAAAAACUAAAUGAUCAGCUCUUAGAGACAAGUUAGAGCUACCUUCAUCACACCACUGUCCUGGUCUUUUUGUUUUUAAUAUGUUUUAAUUACUAGGGUUGAAUAAAAUUCACAGAAUUUAUUUACUCACUAAUCCAAGAAAAAUCCUAUCAUUGGCCCUUGCAGGUUUUAAAGCGUGUGAAAAGCACUGACAUCAGUGUGAGCAAGGGAGCUUCCGGUUCUGGAGAGCCUGAGAAAGCAGGCUUCUCAAGGAAAACAGGGCUGGCACGCUGCGUUCUCAAAGCUGAGUAAAUGUGGUACGCCUGUCACUAGGAUGGCUGUUUUUUUACAUUAAAAACAUUGAUAGUUUAGUCACUUGUUUGUGGAAUGUUUGACCCCAUUGAAAAUGUUUAAUGUAUUAAAAUAUCUUGCACAAUCCUACCAAAUAAGUUAAAGGGUUACAGUUGCGUCUACCUCUUCUUUUCCUGGCUGGAUUUAAGAUGCUGGUUGGCUGAGGCUGAAGUUUUAUUUUCCUUCUGAAGUACUGUAUGUGGAAGACAACAGACUGGGGACCGAGGCCUGAAAGCAGAUUUGAGGCUCUUUGAGAUCUGUUACUGACCAGCCCUAUUGCCUGUGAACUGGGGGAAAGCCAUUGUUUUUAAUGCCCACUUAAUAUGAAAAUGUUUGUUAAAAAAAAAAAUGUUUCUUGCUGGUGAAAAAUGUAUUUUUAAAAGGCAAAACCAAAUCCUCUUUUGGUCUGAGAAGUCAGCUGUAUGAGCAGGUGUGACCGUAUCAUAAUAUGCUGAUGUCAUAGAAAUCAAUAAAUUUUUACCUCUCA